UAGAGAAGGAUUGUACACAGUGCUACAGAGCGUUGGCUGUCCUCCAAAAAUUUUACACCUAAUUCAACUCUUUCACCUUGAUAUGAAAGGCUCUGUUGUUUACAACGGUAACACUUCGGCUCCUUUUGAAAUGCGUAGGGGAGUAAGACAGGGCUGUGUGUUGGCGCCUACAUUGUUUGGAAUCUUUUUCUCUGUACUUCUGAAAGUUGCCUUCGGGGACACCACUCAAGGCAUACAUCUACACACCAGGUCGGAUGGUAAACUGUUCAAUAUCUCACUAUUAAAAUCCAAAAAAUACCGCGAGGAUUUGUAUGUUGACAGUUUGCUAUUUGCCGACGACGCCGCUUUCAUUGCUACGUCACCGGAGGAGCUUCAGAGUAUGGUAGACAAAUUUAAUGCGGCUUGCAAACUCUUUGCAAUGUCGAUUAAUGUCAAGAAGACAGUCGUAAUGGCUCAAGGCGCAAAUCAAGACCCAACAAUACAGUUGGAUGAUUUGCCUCUGGAAGUUGUUGGAAGUUUCUGUUACCUUGGAUCAACCGUGACCAAUAAUCUCUCACUGGAUGCAGAGAUUAACAUUCGUAUUGGCAAGGCAUCUACGAUGUUUGGGAGGCUCAAUACAAGAGUAUGGGAUAAUAAACAUCUAACCGUAAACACAAAGAUGAUCGUUUACCAGACAUCUAUUUUGUCCAUACUCUUGUACGGUGCUGAGACUUGGACAUCGUAUGUCAAACAGGAACGGAAAUUGAACAACUUCCAUAUGCGCUGCCUUCGACGCAUUUUAAACAUCUCGUGGAAGGAUCGAGUCACAAACGAGAAGGUACUUAGUAUCGCACGUUUACCCAGUAUCACAGCAAUCUUGAAACAGAGACGAUUACGCUGGCUGGGGCACGUGCACAGGAUGGAGCCCUCUCGUUUGCCACGUAAUGGCUCCUCUACACGAUGGGCCAACGCCGGCCACUCCAAGGGACGCAGCCAUGCGGUAGAAUGAGAUAGCAAUAUCACUUGCUCCCUCUAAC